AACACGGUCGGACGGUCGCUGAUUGAUCAGAGCUCUGGUCGUUAUCUCCCAGUCGCUCAACAACAUCAUCGGCCAUUCCUCUUCUCCCAACUUCCUUCUACCUUCAACCUACAUCCAUCAACCACCAUCUUUUUCCAUCUCCAUCUUCAGGAUCGGAGAUUCUUCGAAGUCAUUGGGAUAUCGAUCGAGUAUCCAUCCUUUUAUUUAGUCUUUCCUCGUUUUUCAUUCAUUUGUUACCUCAAUCGGAGUUGCCCAUCAUGAAGGGAGCUCUGCUUACCGCAGCUGUGCUGCUUGGAUCCGCCCAGGCCGGAGUCCACAAGAUGAAGCUCAAGAAGAUUCCUCUGUCCGAGCAGUUGGAAAGCAUCCCCAUUGAGACUCAAAUGCGAGGACUCGGCCAGAAGUACAUGGGCUCCCGACCUGAGACGCAUGCCCAGGCUGUGUUCCAAAGUCCUUCUGUCGACGCCAGCAAGGACCACCCCGUCCCCAUUUCCAACUUCAUGAACGCCCAAUACUUCUCCGACAUCAGCAUCGGCACGCCUCCCCAAGAAUUCAAGGUCAUUCUCGACACUGGAAGCUCCAACCUAUGGGUUCCCUCUUCGUCUUGCGGCAGCAUUGCCUGCUACCUCCAUUCCAAGUACGAUUCGUCCUCUUCGUCGACGUACAAGCAGAAUGGUACCGAGUUCGAGAUUCGUUACGGAUCUGGCAGCCUGAGCGGUUUCGUUUCUCAGGAUGACUUGACUAUCGGUGAUCUUACUGUUAAGGGUCAGGAUUUCGCCGAGGCCACCAGUGAGCCUGGUCUUGCUUUCGCCUUUGGUCGAUUCGACGGUAUUCUCGGAUUGGGUUUCGAUCGCCUAUCCGUGAACGGAAUUGUCCCUCCUUUCUACCAGCUGGUUAACCAAAAGCUGAUUGACGACGCUGUCUUCGCUUUCUACCUCAGCGGAGAGAACGAUGACAACUCGGAGGUUGUCUUCGGUGGCGUUGAUAAGGAUCACUACACUGGUAAGAUCACAGAGAUCCCUCUCCGCCGCAAGGCCUACUGGGAGGUCGACUUCGACUCCAUCUCUUUCGGUGAGGAGACCGCUGAGCUCGAGAACACUGGUGUCAUCCUUGACACUGGUACUUCUCUGAUUGCUCUCCCCAGCGACCUUGCCGAGCUUCUCAACAAGGAGAUCGGCGCCAAGAAGAGUUUCAAUGGACAGUACACGGUUGACUGCUCUGUCCGUGACUCUCUUCCUGACAUUAGCUUCAAGCUGGCCGGCUAUGACUUCCCCAUUGGUCCCUACGACUACAUCCUCGAGGUUCAGGGCAGCUGCAUCUCAACCUUCAUGGGAAUGGACUUCCCCGCCCCAGUUGGUCCCCUCGCUAUCCUCGGUGACGCGUUCCUCCGAAGAUGGUACUCCAUCUACGACCUCGGCAAGGGUACUGUUGGUCUAGCCAAGGCUCAAUAGGAGGAGAACGGCAAGGCUUUGGGAGAGGACCUGUGAAAUGACUUUGUGAGAUUAGUAACGAGAUUGCGAUGCAAGAUAGGAAUCGGACUGGUUCGAUCAUAAUCUGAGGGUGAUAGCGCGGUUUGAGUGCAUUUCGAAAUUAGCCUCACUCAAGGUGCUGCUAUUUGUUUUUCUUUUGGGUAUUCGCUUUCUAGUUGUUGUCAAGCAUGAUGGGACUGAAGUCUCACGUUGUAAACUACACUCCUACAACACGUAUUCACUUAGCAUCGUACAAUUGGUAUUCAUGGUAUUCCCCAA